UCCUCAAAUUUUUGCUGCGCCAACGCCCCCACUCAUAUAAAUCCUCCUUCACGUCUGUGAACCUUCCCAACCCAUUGUCGCCUUCUCCGAAGCCAACAACCGAAGCGUAGCCAACAACCGCGCUCGAGUUGACGUGUAGCCGUGAAGCAGCUCGCGUCUUCCAACUUUCAACGCCGAUUAACGACAUCGAUGGUCAGAACCUCUAAGAGUCAAAGCAACAACUGCACUUACACUUUGACCCCCGUUCACACGACGUCGGUACCGUCGAGUCAGGAAUUGCCGUGGCACGAAUCAAGAGAUCCCCAACCCUUCAACACCCUCACCAACCGUACGAAUAUGUCCAACAAUUCCCCAAACGGUCCACACAGCUAUUGGUCAUCGCCGUAUGUGUCGUCCAGAUCAUCGACAGUGGGCACAUCAGCAUGGUCCGUGCACGACCGGGAGCUAUCACCCAAAUGGGGUACGACUGAUAGCCCUGUGCCCCGGAGUCAAUACCCCAGUUCUUCUUCUUUACCACCCCAUCGUUCCCUCAUUCCAUGUAUCCCUCUUCCAUCUCAAAUCGGCCACAGGGGAGACUUUAUACUUCAUCCCUCCCUUCGAAGUACCCCAGAAUCGUCAGGAUUCGAAACCGUUGACCUCGCCUCUGUCCAGCAUUUCGUACGCGCUCGUACAGAAGCAUCUCACAUGACCUCCCAUCCUUCCUACUUGUCAGCUCCUGCGACGACACCACACCUACCAUCAUUAACGAUUGUCCAUCCAUCGAUACCGUGGUGCAUUACGGUCCAUCGCUCUCGAGCAGAGUACGUGACAAUAGCGGAUAUCCUCUACACACUGGGGAAAGACCUCCAGAUACCGCUUGAUCCAGAGUGGUCGGGAAGGGUAGCACGCCACUUGAGGAUAUCGCAACGGGAUUCAGUAAGGCACCGAGAGAUGAUUCGGUUGGAUAUGCUGAGCGGAAAGACGAUCUUUGCAGGUUUAUCGAAAAGUCAUUCUGGGACAGAGACCUGGAGACUACAUGUUAGAUGACAGCCCCGCGGAAUUUAGAGAACCUCUACAGCAGUUUUACUCAAACGGACCCAUGACCCGACUACUUACAAUCUCUCAACCCGCUUUCAUGUAUCAUUAAUCCAUCUAUUGCAUCUCCAUGUAUAUCUGUCCGGACCGCUUCGCUUUCGAUAGUUCAUGUAUCAUUUGAAUAUCUUGUUGCUGUGUAGUUUAUUAGUCGUAAAGGUGACGUUUGUGACAAUGAAAAAUAAUAACUUACAAC